AUGGGCUACAAGGAAUACCAAGGGGUGCUUCAGCUCAAGGGCCUGAUGAUCAUUCUGAAAAAGCCUCUCAAGUCGUACAAGCGGUCGCUGACAGGUUGCCUCAGCUGCAAACGCCGAAAGAUUAAAUGCGACGAAACCAAGGAUAGAUGCAACAAGUGUAUCGCCCGCAAGCUUGAUUGCCAAUGGCCCCAGCCGCCUCAUAAAGAGGGCUCAGCCCUUGUGGUGCAGAGUUACUCAAAUGCUAAACCAGUGCAAAACACCUUCAUUGCCCCCAAGGUCUCUAUGACCAUGCAAAUUGACACCCUCUUUCUUCUUCAAUUUGCCGAACGAUUUCUCCCCUCGAUAGCCCAGCCUCAUUACACUCACAAGGUGCUGACACAAAGUUUGGUGCAUUCGGUGGCAGAGAAGCUGGAUCUUCUUCGCCAGGUCUCCAUCGCUUGUGGUGCCUUCCUCGUAGCUUUCGACGAUAACAAUUUCCGCCCUAUUGCCACCAGCAGGUACGUUGAUGCCAUAACUCUGUUUAUCAAAACAAUUAAGAGAGGCAAGUUCGAUCAGGAAUGGGUGUUUUUGGCCAUCCAGGUAUUGCAGACGCUUAGUCUUCGAGACCCGGACGGCUGUAACGCUUCAAAAUGCGCUCUUCACAUGAACGCUGCCUACGAAUUGUUCAUCAAGGGGAUCUUACAAGGCCAAGCCAAGAUCUCUGCUCUUCAGAGAGUUUUAAUUGAAAACUUUUUGUUCAACUACAGUCUCACCAUCAUGUUUUGUGAGAGGGACAAAAUCCAAGCCCUAAUACCCAACCCGUUUGAUCUAUUUUUUAGUUUCCACGAUGUAUUUUUGGGCCUUUGCCAGGAAGAUUCCCACCCACAAUUUAGUCGCUUGUCGAUAAUGGCCUUUCAGAUUGCAGCAAAAGCAAGCUGGCUGUGUCGCAUGAAUGUUCCGCUUCUUGACCAUGAAAAGCACCUCCACAUCGAGCUUCUUCACCUGGCUGAAACGUGCCUACAAAUGCUGGAUUCGCUCAUUCCUGAAUCAGUACUGGUUUUCGACACUCUAACAGUGACCAAAGUCGUUCUUCUAACCUCAAUCAUUCUACUAAAGAAAAUCAUUUGUCCUGAUUUGCGAGCAAGUUUCGUGCAACCACAGAUUAACGCUACAGUGGCUAUAAUCAACAACGCCAAUAGUAAUGUGAUACUCCCAAUCUGGUCUUCUUUUAUUGGUGCUAGCGCCUCCACAACAGAGAGAGACCGUCGAGUUUUCGUUCAGACCCUCCAAAAGUUGAUGGCUCGCUCAGGGUCGCAUCUUAUAGAUCGAGUUUACAAGUUCUUAGUGGGACUUUGGGAGAUUUACACAGGAGACGAACCUUUCGAUCUCCUCAUCGAUACCAAUGCUUUAUCCAAAAUUUGCGAAUAA